CGCGGCGCCAUCUUGCAGCCGGCGGCGCGGAUUGAAUGAGCCCGCCGAGCCCGGGCCGCCGUCGGGAGCCGCGCAGGCCGCGAGCCGCCGCCGCCAUGGCCACGCCGCUGUCCGGCCGCGCGGGCGGGCCCGCCACGCCGCUGUCGCCCACGCGCCUGUCGCGGCUGCAGGAGAAGGAGGAGCUGCGGGAGCUCAACGACCGCCUGGCGCACUACAUCGACCGCGUCCGCGCGCUCGAGCUCGAGAACGACCGGCUGCUGCUCAAGAUCUCCGAGAAGGAGGAGGUGACCACGCGCGAGGUGAGUGGCAUCAAGGCGCUGUACGAGUCGGAGCUGGCUGACGCCCGGAGGGUCCUGGACGAGACGGCCCGAGAGCGCGCCCGGCUGCAGAUCGAACUGGGGAAACUGAGGGCCGAACUGGAGGAGGUCAACAAGAGCGCCAAGAAGAGGGAGGGCGAGCUCACGGUGGCCCAGGGCCGCGUGAAGGACCUGGAGUCCCUGUUCCACCGGAGCGAGGCGGAGCUGGCCGCUGCCCUCAGUGACAAGCGCAGCCUGGAGAGUGACGUGGCCGAGCUGCGAGCCCAGCUCGCCAAGGCAGAGGAUGGUCACGCGGUGGCCAAAAAGCAGCUGGAGAAGGAGACGCUGAUGCGCGUGGACCUGGAGAACCGCUGCCAGAGCCUGCAGGAGGAGCUCGACUUCCGGAAGAACGUGUUUGAGGAGGAGGUGCGGGAGACACGGCGGCGGCACGAGCGGCGCCUGGUGGAGGUGGACAGCAGCCGGCAGCAGGAGUACGACUUCAAGAUGGCGCAGGCGCUGGAGGAGCUGCGCAGCCAGCACGACGAGCAAGUGCGGCUGUACCGGCAGGAGCUGGAGCAGACCUACCAGGCCAAGCUGGACAACGCCAAGCUGAGCUCUGACCAGAACGACAAGGCAGCCAGCGCCGCCCGCGAGGAGCUGAAGGAGGCUCGCAUGCGCGUCGAGUCCCUCAGCUACCAGCUCUCCAGCCUCCAGAAGCAGGCAAGUGCCGCUGAGGACCGCAUCCGGGAGCUGGAGGAGGCCGUGGCUGGGGAGCGGGACAAGUUCCGGAAGAUGCUGGACGCCAAGGAGCAGGAGAUGACGGAGAUGCGGGACGUGAUGCAGCAGCAGCUGGCUGAGUACCAGGAGCUGCUGGACGUGAAGCUGGCCCUGGACAUGGAGAUCAGCGCCUACCGCAAGCUGCUGGAGGGCGAGGAGGAGAGGCUGAAGCUGUCCCCCAGCCCGUCCUCACGCAUCACCAUCUCGAGGGCCACCUCGAGCAGCAGUGGCAGCAGCGUGGCGCUGGCUGGGCGCCCGGGCCGCAGCAAGCGGAAGCGGCUCGAGGCGGAGGAGUCCCCGGGCAGCAGCUCGAGUGGCCUGGGCAGCAGCAGUAGCAGCAGCGGCUUCCACCUGGCCCAGCAGGCCUCGGCCUCAGGCAGCGUCACCAUCGAGGAGGUCGACCUGGAGGGCAAGUUCGUGCAGCUGAAGAACAACUCGGACAAGGAUCAGUCUCUGGGGAACUGGAGGAUCAAGAGGCAGAUCUUGGAGGGGGACGAGAUCGCCUACAAGUUCACGCCCAAGUACGUCCUGCGGGCCGGCCAGACAGUCACGGUGUGGGCAGCUGGUGCAGGGGUGGCCCACAGCCCCCCGUCGACCCUUGUGUGGAAGAGCCAGACCAGCUGGGGCGCCGGGGAGAGCUUCCGCACCGUCCUGGUCAACGCUGACGGAGAGGAAGUGGCCGUGAGGGCCGUGAAGCAGUCCUCAGUGGCGCGGGAGAACGGGGAGGAGGAGGAAGAGGAGGAGGAGGCGGAGUUUGGCGAGGAGGAUCUCUUUCACCAGCAGGGGGACCCGAGGACCACCUCGAGAGGCUGUCGCGUGAUGUGAACUCAGCACUCCUCAUUCACACAUCUUUCUUUGCCCAGAGCCACUGAAAACUAUUUUUAUAUCAUUGGCUUUCUUUA